GGAGACUUUCUGUUAGAAGACAUUAAACAAACAGAACCAUACGCAAGUUUAUUUACGCUCUUUGCUCUUAGUUUUAACUUAUUUUGUUUGAUUACAAAUUGAAUUUUGUUCCCAAUACUAAUUUUAGAAAAAGCUGUAGGAUUAAAUUGUACCUAGUUUAGUUUGACAAAACUAGAAGGUGAAAGAAAUAGACUAUUAAAAUGUCAUUUCACCAAAAAUAUUGGAAAGUGGAGUUACAAACUUUUUUAUCUCCUGUCUGUCUCCGUCUCUCUGCUCUCAUUGUUUCUCUGUCCAGUGGAGGGAGAGCUGCAGCUUUUCACUGUUUAAAUGUUCUUCAUCCAACAGAGACAAACUGCUGGAGGAAAAUAAUUCAUCUGACAGCAAAGAUGCAGUGGAGUCUGAUUCUGCUCUUCCUGAUGGCUCAGUGUUGCUUCAUUGACUGUCAGCUCUAUCAGUUUCACUACAUUAAUCAGAAUAAAAACUGGACUGAAGCUCAGCAGUACUGCAGAGAGAAACACACUGACCUGGCCACAGUGACUAACAUGAAGGACAUGAAGAGACUCAUCAACAUCUCAGCUGGAGAUCAGAGUGAAGCUUGGAUUGGUCUGAUCAGUAAACCAGAAUUUACCAGAACAUGGUUCUGGUCUCUGCCUGGAGUGGAGUUCAAUGAAAGUGAGACAAACUGGCACCAAGGAGAACCAUCAGAUACAGGAAUUCAAGGGUUUGAGAACUGUGGGAUUGUGUAUCAAGAUCUCACAUGGGGAGUUCAGGGUUGCCAGUGGUCUGAAUAUUUCCUCUGCUAUGAUGAAACUAAUAAAACCCAUAAAUAUCACCUGAUUAAAGACAUGAAGACCUGGCUGGAAGCUCAGAGUUACUGCAGAGAGAAACACACAGACCUGAUCAGUGGAACGAAGCAACUACAGGAUGAAGAAGUGAAGAAAUUGAUGAACUCUUCAGAUCAUUCAGCGUACCUUGGUUUAUUCAGAGACAACUGGAGGUGGUCAGAUGGAAGCAGUUUCUCUUUUAGACACUGGAAUAAUAACUUUAACAUUUCAGAAUCUGUCAGGGAUCAAUGUGGAUUGACUGUGUUUGAUGAUGGAGGCAGAUGGAAGAAUAAGAGUUGUACUGAAAGAAAACCCUUCAUCUGUUAUGAUGAUGAAGUGAUCCUGAUCAAAGAAAAUAAAAGCUGGGAGGACGCCUUGUACUACUGCAGAGAUCACCACCAUGACCUGGUCACCAUCACCAACAUGGAUGAUCAGAGAUGGAUCCAGGAGAAAGUCAAGAACGCAUCGACUGAUUAUGUCUGGACGGGUCUGCGCUACACCUGCACUCUGGAUUUGUGGUUCUGGGUCAGUGAUGAGGUGGUCAUCUAUAAGAACUGGGCCGAAGGUGAACCAACGGACGACUGUGACGUGUCUGGAGCUAUGGAGACGAGAGGAAAACAUCAGUGGAGGAAGAAAAUUUAUCUUGACAAAUAUAACUUGAUCUGUUCUAAUAAGUAAAGUCCAUUCUGUUUCUUUUUUUUCUUACUCUUAUUUUGUGGUUCAUAUCAUCUUCCUUCCACUUCCUGUCAUCUUGUUUGUCACUUCUGGCAGUAGUAACAUGUGGUUGUUUAUCAUGUGACUCGU